GGACGACCCCCGAGGUGCGCAUGCUCGGUGCGUCCCGGAGGUCGCCCGCGCCGGUGUUUAACCACGUGUGGCGUGGACCUAAGGGCAUCAUGUGAGAUGGGGGCCUCGGUGGCUCGCGCAAUCAGGAAUUUCAAUCUCGAGAGCCGGGCGGAACGGGAACUCAGCAAGAUGAAGCCCUCCCCGGCUCCCAGGCACCCCUCCACCAAGAACCUCCUGCGAGAGCAGAUGAGCAGCCAUCCAGAAAUUCAGGGAGAAAUUGCUAGAAAAGAUGACAAACUGCUGUCUUUACUAAAAGAUGUGUAUGUUGAUUCCAAAGAUCCCGUGUCUUCUGUGCAGGUCAGAGAUGCCGGGACACAUCAGGAGCCGAAGGAGUUCAGGUUGCCGAGAGACCAUCACUCGGGCAUGAUGGAUGUUCAGAACAUUCCCAAAGGCAAAAUUUCCGUUGUAGAGGCAUUGACACUUCUCAAUAAUCAUAAACUUUAUCCAGACACAUGGACUGCUGAGAAAAUAGCCAAAGAAUACCAUCUAGAACAGCAAGAUGUAAAUUCUCUUCUCAAAUAUUUUGUUACUUUUGAAGUCAAAAUCUUCCCUCCUGAAGGCAAGAAAGCAAUAGGAUCAAAAUGAAGAAAAUCUUGACAUUACUUUUCCUAUCUGUACCCCAUAUCCCCACGCCCUGUUUAUUUUCUCAUUUUAGCAUAUUAAAUUAUAUAAAUUACUGAAUGUGUAAAGCUCCCUCCUUGUGAGAGCAUGCUAUUUAUAGAAUUCUGGUGAAUUUUCAGGAUUGCUUGUAGAAUGAAUUUUGUUUUCUUUUAAACUUUGAUUUGGUUUAGGCAUAUGUUCAUGUGUAAUAUCAGCAUGACUAAUCAGCACGUGUAUAGAUUUAGCAUAAGUAAAAGUUACAGCAUUUUACAUGUAUCAUAUCAUCAGCUUUUAAGUCAUAUGGCCUCUUGGGACAUGUCCCAAAUCCCUCAUUUAACAUUCAUAGCUUUACCUUCCAAUUUAGGUGGUUAGUUUAUUCUUCCUAUGGAAUAGUGAAAGUGAGAGUUUUUCUGGCUCUUAAGACUGACAUAAUUUUGUUUGAGAAAGGGAGGCUUGACAGUGAGGUCGAAUAACAGUAUUGCCUGAAUAAAGGCAGGCAGGAGACUGGAUACAAAAUCAGUAGAAAAUAUAUUUUUAUUACUGCUCCAGGGAAUAAGAAUUAGUGAGGACUUACUUUGUUUUGAGUGGGUUUUACAUGUGGAGUAACUUUGCAGUAUAAAAAAAGAACUGGUAUUUAUAAAACUAUAGCAAUCUCUGCUUUGCCAAACAAACAGGUAAGUCUGAAAGCUUUCAGAGAGGGAAGCCAUAGUGGGAACUAUCUGAAAAAAAUUACUUUUCUCUGGACUUAAUGUAGAAAUACAAGAAACUUUUAAAGAGUGGUUAAAUCAGAGAACCAUGGUAAAUUGAAUUUGGUGAUCAAAUAUAUCUGUGUUUUCUAAUUUAAAUGCUGGCUGGAAGAAGAGAUUAAAAAAAAUAGCAAGUAGAAGCAUGAAAUGUGAUCACUGGGCGAGACCUGGGAGCUUGCUGCUUCAUCCGUUUAACAAACGUAGGAGCUCAGUGUGUACCAGCCCUGGGGUCCUGAGCGAAAUUGUGAGUGUGUGUGUUUAGCUCAGUCAUUAUUACCACCUGUGGAAUUUGGGGCAGAUUGUAUAGCCUCUUUGAGAUUUAAUCACCUUUAUAACAUGAAUAUAGUGCUGUCUUAUGAAAUCGAAGGGUUACUGUGAAGAUACAUAAGAUAAUAAAGGACUAAACAAAUUGGACUUAUUUUUUUGCAGUUGAGAAGCCUGGGGAGGUUUCAUGACCUAUUUAAGAUUGUUCUGUAGUUUAUGACAUAAUGAGGCCCAGAAUUUAUGUUUUCAGAGUCUUAGUGGUGUGUUCUUUCUGCUGUGCUGAAAAGCAUAUCUCAAGAGAGCAGGUGUAAGUUGUGGGAAUAUCUGGAGAAGGUGGUAAGAAAAAUUCCAGGUUAUCAGUAUCUUUCUGAGGGAAGACAGGCAUUCCCUGCCUCCCGGGGAUGCUUCUGGAAGUGGUAUGGAAGAUGCUGAGGAAUUUGGCAUGAUAAUGGAAUGAGACAUUUGUAAUGCUGAGAAGAGAAAAAUUGACUGAGAUGGGGAAAAUUUUAAGCUGUGUUCAAAUGCAGUUUCAUUAUGUGAAUAAACUAUACCUAGCUUAUAUUUGGUUCAAAACAGUACUUUUAGGAAAACAAGAAUUUUUAAUAUAAAAUUAUAUUUUAAGACUCUGGUAACUCAAUCACCAAAACUUUUCCUUUACCAAAUAAAGGUCAGUACCUGUACUGGAAUCACUAACACUGCUAGUUCUGAGCUGUCUUCCCUGUUGAAAUCUAGGCCGUGGUUAGGCAACUGUAAAUACAGCUGUUACAUGGUGUCACCUGAUAAAUAAAGUACUUCCUGUAUCAUUGA